CAGCACCAUGAUGCUGAGAUCACUUUGGGAGGGCGGUGCACAUGGAGAGCUACGUGUUGCUGCGCAGCAACAGAUAGAAAGGAGAGAGAGAGGAAUUCCCCAGCACAAACAAAAGCGGCUGUCGGGGCGUGUAUCAGUUCCUAUGGCUCCUAGAAAUUUUACCGUAGCUGAAGGUGGCGUAUGACCAGAUGGAUGCAUAAUGUAAGGACAACCAGCUACAACAAGCCUUCGGGUAUACUUGCCGGAACGUCAACCGGUCCCUGUCUGGAGGCAACAAUUCAUCUGACAUUGCGAAGACUCCUUAUGGAGAAUACUUCCUCGUCUGCCCAAGCUCAUAAAAAUCUACCAGAGACGCGCCUGCCGAGAAUCCAAGGGACAAAGGUCUCUGCGUUUAUUACCGGUCCACAGGUUGCCCACAAACUACAACGUGUUUUCAAUGUAGUUGAAAUCCGGAGUCUUCUUGCAGGAGGAUUCGGCGAACUGGAGGCGCUUUAAAACAUGACAGGUCAGAUCCUGGGGGAACCGGGCGGUGGGGCUCCAAUGGAUGACAACGCUGCCAUCCGCAUCAACGUGGGCGGCUUCAAGAAGCGUCUUCAGUCCAACACUCUUUCUCGGUUCCCCGAGACGAGGCUUGCGCGUCUACUCCACUGCCAGUCCAAAGAGUCUAUAUUAGAGCUGUGUGACGACUACGACGACACAGAGAAAGAGUUUUACUUCGACAGGAACCCGGCUCUCUUUCCCUACGUGCUGAAUUUCUACAACACGGGGCGGCUGCACGUCAUGGCCGAGUUGUGCAUCUUCUCCUUCAGCCAGGAGAUCGAGUACUGGGGCAUCAACGAGUUCUUCAUUGACUCCUGCUGCAGCAGCGCCUAUCACUGUAGAAAAAUGGACCAGGACCGGGAGGACUGGGAUGAACGGAGCGAUGAAGGAAGCACCACUUCAUCAUUUGAUGAGCUGUUGGAGUUUUAUAAUGACGCCACCAAGUUUGAUAAACAGCUGCUCGGGAGCGCACGGCGGCGCAUCUGGCUAAUGCUGGAUAACCCCGGCUACUCCGUGGCCAGCCGCAUCAUCAGCAUCUUCUCUAUCCUUGUAGUGCUUGGCUCUAUCGCCACUAUGUGCAUGAACAGUAUGAGCGAGUUCAGCCUGUUGGACAGUGAGGGGCAACCCACGGAGGACCCCCGUUUCGAGACUGUGGAGCACUUUGGCAUCGGCUGGUUCACUCUGGAGCUGGUGGCCAGGUUCAUGGUGGCGCCAGAUCUUGUGCACUUCUUCGAACACCCGUUAAAUUUGAUAGACCUGGUAUCCAUACUUCCGUUUUACCUGACACUCCUGAUAAACCUGGUGGUGGAGAGCAGCCCGGCGCUGGCCAACCUGGGACGCGUUGCGCAAGUACUGAGGCUGAUGAGGAUUUUCCGCAUCCUGAAGCUGGCCCGUCACUCCACGGGGUUGCGCUCGCUUGGUGCCACACUCAGGAACAGCUACAAAGAAGUGGGCCUGCUGCUUCUCUACUUGGCCGUCGGCGUUUCGUUUUUCUCCGUCAUGGCCUACACGGUAGAGAAAGAGGACAGCGAGGACCUCUCCACCAUCCCGGCGUGCUGGUGGUGGGCCACCGUCAGCAUGACCACCGUAGGGUACGGAGACGUGGUGCCCGUGUCCAUAGCGGGCAAGCUGACCGCUUCGGCAUGUAUCUUGGCCGGGAUCUUGGUAGUUGUGCUUCCGAUUACGCUAAUUUUCAAUAAAUUCUCUCUCUUCUACAAGAGACAAAAACAGUUGGAGAUCGCAAUGAGAAGCUGCGACUUCGACGAGGGAAUAAAAGAGGUGCCUUCAGUCAACCUGAGGAACUAUUACGCACACAAAGUUAAAUCCCUCAUGGCGAGCUUGUCAAACAUGAGCCGGAGUUCACCCAGUGAACAGAGUCUGAAUGAAUCAAUACACUGAAAAGCGCUUUAUCGGUGACACUAGGUCAGCUUGGAUGAAGCUGUUCCUGCAAAGUGGCUGCGCGCGGAGCUGUCCGGGGUGCUGAAACCUCAGUCGGACCAAAAGUCUGUAGUACUUCCUUCCACUGAUGUCUGACAGUUUGCCUCUCUGUAGCUCAGUGCAAUAAUGUGUUAAUCUAUUCGUCCCUCACAAUGAGAAAGUGAGAAAAUGUAUAGUGUAGAUGUAUGAUAUCUCACUGUGCACUAUGAUGGCCCCUAAAACAAACAGGUAAAAAAAAAAAUCCCACAUCAGAUGAAAAGUACAAAGAAUGCUGUAGUCGUUUGGAGUCUCUUAGACAGUGCCACACUAUAGUCCAUCUGCCAGCUCUACAUGUCGUGAUCAAAUAUGUCUGAAGUAACUCCAGCUGUAUCUCUUCCGAUAGAGUCUUGACGUGUAAUUGUGAUGUUGCAACAAUACUCCAAGUAUGUGAUUAAAACAAAAAUGUAUUAAACAACAAAAUACACAA